AAAAAAUAGAAAAGGGAAAUGAAAACCAUGGACAGAACAUUGUAUUUUGUCAAAAUACACAGAGAAAAGAGAGUAGCCAUAUUCUAUAGUGAGUCAACUGAUGAGAUCCUCCAUCUAUUAGCCAACAAAAACAAAUACUUGUACACAAAAGAUUACUUACCAUAUGGAAAAGAUCGGUUUUUUCUCCCCUUUUGUGUACGUUUCCCUGUCUUUGAAGUCAGUUCAAUAAUUCUUGUCACAAACCCUAAAUUCUCUACAAUUUCUUGAUUGCAAUCCAACUCUGUUUUCGUCGUGAUCCUUCAGAUUCCUGAGACACGACGAAAUAGGUAAAAAUAUUGACAUUCCUUGCUCUAUUCCAUGUGGGUUUUUGAAGAACGGACCAGAUACACCCUUGACAACAGUACCAGGAGCAGUAAUUUUUUAAAUUGAUCGGUGGUUCAGGAUGCCAUGGAUUUUGAAUCCAAUUCUUUUAGAUAUUUUAUUUAAGAAACUCUACCCAUCUAGAUAGUUGGAGAAGUUCACCACAAAGUUAUUUGCUCUAAAGGGAGUUAGUGUGGUGAAAUCUGCAGCCUCUGAGAUGAUGUAUUUCCAAUGACUCUCUUGAUAAUUAUACUGGCUUUGAGGAAUUUCUGGGUUAUAACGAUUUGCUGAUCUAUUCAUGACGAAUAUGGGGUUGAGAUUCGGGCAAGUUCUUUUAUUCCUUCUGUUUGUAUCAGCUUUGAUUGUUAUUGUCACAGCUGUAUCUGAAGAAGUGAGUGUACAAAGGGUAAUAACCGCUCCUCUAAGGAAUGCCCGAACCAAUAUAAUUGAUGGUUCUGGUAAAGAAUAUGGUAUUGAUUCUGUCAGUAUGGAUGGAAAAGGUGAAUGGACAGGUGAUAACACCAGAGUGUCUGUUUCAACAGUUGCAUUGUUCACUUUGGCAAUGGCUGCGGCUAGUGGUUUGGGUGCAGUACCAUUUUUCUUUGUGGAGCUGGAUCCUCAAUGGUCGGGAGUAUGCAAUGGAAUGGCUGCUGGAGUGAUGUUGGCGGCGAGCUUUGAUCUUAUAAAGGAAGGACAGGAUCAUGGAAGUGGUGGAUGGGUUGUGUUUGGUAUUUUGGCUGGUGGAAUCUUCAUAUUGCUUUGCAAGAAGUUUCUUGAACAAUAUGGUGAAGUAAGUAUGCUGGACAUUAAGGGAGCAGAUGCAGCAAAAGUCAUCCUUGUUGUUGGAAUUAUGACACUUCACUCAUUUGGGGAGGGUGCUGGUGUUGGAGUAUCCUUUGCUGGCUCCAAAGGUCUUUCUCAGGGUAUCUUGGUAACUCUGGCUAUUGCUGUGCACAACAUACCAGAGGGUUUAGCUGUGAGCAUGGUUCUUGCAUCAAGAGGAGUUUCUCCGCAGAAAGCCAUGUUAUGGAGUAUAUUAACUUCCUUACCCCAGCCAAUUGUUGCAGUACCAUCAUAUAUGUGUGCCGAUGCAUUUCACAAAUUUCUGCCAUUUGCUACUGGCUUUGCUGCUGGGUGUAUGAUUUGGAUAGUUGUUGCUGAGGUCCUUCCUGAUGGAUUCAAGGAAGCCUCACCAUCUCAUGUUGCAUCAGCUGCUACUCUUUCAGUAGCAUUUAUGGAAGCUCUUAGUGCUGUGUUCCAGAAUUUUGGCCACAACUACAAUUCGGAGGAUGCUUCUGCCUUCCUUGUUUCUCUACUGUUCGGAUUUGGUCCACUGCUUGGCGGUGUAUCUCUUGUUGCAUUUGCUCUUGCUCUUCGUCUUCAGCAUGCUCUCCUAACUGGUGUAGCCUGUGGCACAGCGUUUGUCCUUGGUGUAUGGCGUCCAUUGCAGCUAGUCUUAUCAUCAAAGAUGGAGUUUAUCCCCCUCUUUUCUCUCUUUGCAACAGGAUUCUCACUUUCCCAUUUUUCAACUGCUAGUGUUAUUAAAAUUGGAAGUCGCAAGAGGACUUCAGCAGAUGCUUUAUCUGCUGUAACAGGAUUGCCAGUGAGUGCUCUCACUCUUCAGUCAAUUUUGUGCUGUGCUGCAGUUGCCCUCCAUGCACUAUCAGAGGGGCUUGCUUUGGGUGUCGCUGCACCGAAAGCUUAUGGACUUGGUCGGCACAUGGUUCUUCCUGUCUCACUUCAUGGACUCCCGCGUGGUGCCGCUGUUGCUAGCUGCAUUUAUGGAGCAACUGACAGCUGGCAUGCGUCCCUUUUAGCUGCUGCUCUUAUUGGCUUCAUGGGUCCUUCAUCUGCAAUCGGAGCAAUACUUGCAGGUAUUGACUACAGUGGUUUGGAUCACCUUAUGAUGUUUGCAUGUGGGGGAUUACUUCCAUGUUUUGGGAGCAUUUUCAAGAGGGCAAUGAGCCUCCAAAAGCGGAAGAGCAUAACAGGACUGAUAAUAGGCAUUUUUUUUGCGAGUAUUUGUCUAGCAUUUACAAAGUUGGUUUGCUUGCAUACGCCUUACUGCAACUCUGCACCAGAAGCUGUUAGGUGAUGAAAGUUGAAUAAAUGAUAACGUUUUGGAUCAAAAUCUCAUGUUAACUCAGUUUGCGCGCAGCCUUGUGGACGUCAAACUUACUGAAAGCUGUUGAGGUGAUUUUUGCAGCAAACAAUUUACAAAAAACCAUAGGAAGUUCAGGAGAAAGAUGGGAUUGUCUGUUGUACAUUAGUUUAGAGACUGUUUUGUUGGAAGUGAAAUGUUCCUUUCUAACCAGUAAAGAUUGGUAAGCCUUUUAACAUUAAUUUUGAACAAUAACCAGAAGUAUAUUUUUGAAGAAUGAAAAGGUAUCCUCUGCA